UUUAUUGUUGUUUACGGCUGUUUUCGGCUUAUGCAUAUUAUAGAGCCAAUUAGAUAUUUUAUGAAGCUAUAAUAGUGUGGGUGUGUUGGUAUGGAUGUCAGAGUGUGGUUUGUAUGUGUGUACUGAAAAUGUUGUGUGUGUGUGUGAACAGUUUGAAUGAAAAUAUAUAUAUAUUGUACUCGAAAUCACAAAUCCCACCUCAUGUAAAUAAGUCAUACAGAGUCAUAGACCCUCUCAUGCGAAAACUGAAUAAAGUCAAAAAGUUUUGAAGAGCUUUGAAGAUUUUUUUUCAUUCAAACACAUUUCUUAUUACUUGUUUGCACUUUUUCAUUUGUUAUUAUUUUUGUUCAAAGAUAAAAGGUGAGCUUGAUUUUGAUGUAGUAGUUCAGAAGCCCCUCAAAACCUUGUUUUUGUUUUCACCUCGAGAAAAUGGUGAUUGUUUUGUCUGGUAGAUUUUAGUUGAGACAGGUGCUUUCACAGCCAAACCUAUAAAUAUCAGUGGCUUGAGGGCCUUGUCAUUUCAUAGUUUGCAAGAUGAAGAGACGUUUCACAGCAAGGGAAGCUCUGGAUCUAGUUGUGGCCACCAACAGUGAGCACCCGGCUACAUGUGAAAGUGAGGAUGAAGAGUUGACUUCAGAAGAUGAAGUCAAGUUUGCAUUAGAGUCUGACUCUGAUAGCUCUUGUUCCUCUGAUGAAAGCACUGAGAGCGAGGACACAGAAGAGACUGCAGAUCUUCAGUGGAUUUCAAAAAAUGGGCAGAUUCUCUGGUCUUCCACUCACACUGAGACGCUGCGCUACAAUCCUGCCAAGGGUAUGACCCCGGGUCCCACACACUAUGCAACUGCCCGCAUCACAACUUUGCAGUCCUGCUUCGACCUCUUCAUCACCGAAGAAAUCAUUCAGCUUCUUCUGGAGAACACUAAUUUACACGGGAGGCGUUUUGUGACAGAUUGGAUUGAUUUCGAUUCCACUGACAUUCAGGCAUACAUCGGGCUGCUGAUUCUGGCUGGCGUGUACAAGUCCCGAAAUGAAUCAACAAGAAGCCUGUGGGAUGUGGAAAACGGACGUUCCAUUUUCCGAGCCACCAUGUCCCAUCGUAAAUUCAAGCUCCUGAGCUCCACCCUGAGGUUCGAUGAUAGGAUGACACGACCUGCACGUUACAUGCAUGACAAGCUGGCUGCAUUUCGGACCAUCUGGGAGAAGUGGACACAUCGCCUUCCCCUGCUGUUCAACCCAGGCCAGGAUGUCUGUGUGGAUGAGCAGCUCGUCCCUUUCAAAGGCAGAUGCAGAUUUCGCCAGUACAUGCCCAGCAAGCCUGCCAAGUAUGGCAUAAAAAUUUGGGUCACCUGUGAUGUCACCACAUCCUAUGCAUGGAAGUUGCAAAUUUACACGGGGAAGUCUCCUGGAAGUCCUGCGGAGGUGAACCAAGGAAAAAGGGUCAUUCUGGAAAUGACGGAGGGGCUCCAGGGGAACACUGUGACCUGCGACAAUUUUUUCACCUCCUAUGGACUGGCGGAGGAGCUUCUAAAGAGGAAGAUGGCCCUAGUUGGCACAAUUCACAGGAACAAGCCAGAGCUUCCCCCACAGCUGCUGCAAAUAAAGCAUAGAGCACUUCUGUCCUCCCUCUUUGCUUUUACUAAGACGCACACAGCUGUGUCUUACGUACCCAAACGAGGGAAGAAUGUGCUGCUCCUUAGCACCAAGCACCGCGAGCCAGCUGUGAGCGACACUGAAAAAAAGAAGCCAGUGAUCAUUACAGACUACAACCGCUGCAAAGGAGGUGUCGACAACCUGGACAAGGUUGUUGGCACCUACAGCUGUAGGAGAAGAACAUGUCGGUGGCCAGUGGUUCAGUGGUGUAGAUGUGUCUUCCUUCAACUCCUUUGUACUGUGGUCAGCCGUGGAUCCCUCCUGGAACCAGGGCAAAACAUUUAGACGGAGGCUGUUUUUGGAGGAACUGGGGAAAGCACUUGUGAUGCCGCAAAUAUCACGAAGACAGCGCAUCCCCCGCACACCAUCUACGUCCACCACAAUGGAGGAUCAACAGCAGGGAGACCCAAACACCAAAAAGAGGAAGGUCUGCACGUUCUGCACUGACAAAAAGAAAAAAAGUGCUUCCACCUGCAACAAGUGUGGCAAGCAUAUAUGCAAAGUCCACACAAUCACAUACUGCAGCUCCUGCUGUGUGUGAAUUCCCUCAUAGUAGGCACAUGCCUACUAUUUCUGUUAUCUGUUCCCUAAUUCCCUCUGCAUAAAUGUCUACUAUUUCUAUUCUGAGUGUUCUCGAGUUUUGCACAAUAAAUCUUGUUCUUGUUCAAAGUGA